AUGGAUUUGAGCGACCAUUACGCUGUAUUAGGACUUUCGAAAGAUGCUACGCCCGGGGAAAUUCGCCAGUCUUACCGCACAGCACUCUUGAGGGUGCACCCAGACAAACAAGGACAGACUCGCCAAGAGUCUGAUUCGGCAGGAGUCGCAAUAAUACAAAUACAAGACGCGUACCGCACCUUGUCAGACCCGGGGCUCCGUGUAGAAUAUGAUCAAUUUUUGAAACAGGGAAGGGGGCGCGUUACAUUGACUAAGGUGGCUCAGAGACCGGCAAAUGAGAUCUCUCUGGACGAAUUUACGGAGGAGUUAUCUGGGGGCGACGGAGGGUCAUCCAGAUGGGUGCACCCAUGCCGAUGUGGUAAUCAAUUUGUGAUCGUGGAGGAAGAACUCGAAAAAGGAGUACAUUAUAUAGGGUGUGCUGGCUGCUCUGAAAUGGUUUGGGUCGGCUACGAGGCAGUUGAUGUUAUGUCGGACGAUGAAACUGGUGGACCUGUCAAUUUAUCAUAA